CUGGUCACCAACGAAGAAAUCAUCACAUCCAUGGGGAUGUACGCGUCCGUUGAUCUGGUCUUAUCCACCCUGGGAGUCAUCACCAACGCGAUCACCAUCAGAACAUUCUUAGCCAUGGGGGCGGACGACGGGGUCACGGUGUCCAUGCUAUUCCUGUCAUCGUCAGAGCUACUGUGCUGUUUAGCGGCGCUCGGUCAGAAGCUGUCCAUAUUGUUUUGGGUUACUGAGAUGGCUACAAAGUACACGAUACGGUUUCGCGUCAAUCCAUACGUGUUCAACAUUUACUUCGGUAAUAUUCGAGGAAUGUUGUUCGCCGUACCGUCUCUGAUCACAACGUAUCUUGCGGUGGUUAAAUGCAUGUGCGUGGUCAAACCGCUCAGCUUCAAAAACACGUUUUCCGUUCUGGUCACGUUCCGGGUCAUGAAAUUCAUUUGCGUGAUCGCCGUCGUGACGUACGUCCCGAUCAUGGCCACAAUGGGGGUCACGGACCAGUUCGACGUCAAGAUUAACGCGACCCGUCGUUCGAUGUGGUUCUCUCCUUAUCGUGACCUGGUCAAAAGCAUCGUCUGGAACGGCAGAGACACCUUCAUCGCCAUCACGUCUCAACUCAUCAUAGUGACCUGUGUGGUUCUUAUGUCCAGAUCUUUGAUCAGAACCGUUCAGGUCCGGGAGAAGAUGCGAUCAGGAACAUUUUCACGCCAACGGACUGACGCAUCCGAUGAGGUCGUCGGAGCCGCCAGCAAGAUCAGCGGGAAAGAGCUGCUGGUGAUUAAACAGGUCAUCUUCAUCUCAAUUGUCUACGUCGUCAGCAACACGCCCAAGAUAUUUAUUUUCCUGGCUGUUGCGUCCGUACCUGAAUUAACUCAAGGCGGGCUGUACCAAAACCUGUAUGAGGUCAUUCUCAAGGGGAAAGAACACUUUGAGAUCUACGCAUCAGUCUUUAACAUUUUUAUUUAUUACAAGUACAACUCGAAAUUCAAAGAAUAUUGCAAAUAUUAA